ACCUCACAAAUUCUUCAUCAUCAGUAGUCUCAUUUGUACAAUGGAAUCUGCAAUGAUAAGAAUUCAUGGUUCUCCAUUAUUGCGCCUGUCCAAUAAUGGUGCCAAAGGUUCUACAUAUGCAAGAUCAAGCAUAUUAUUUUUCCAUAAUAAUAAGAAUAACAUACUCAAUAACCAUAACCAAACCUCUGUUUGUGCCUCUGAAUUUGCAAGACUCCUCCACCCUGUUUUCACAACAAGAUCAUCAUGGUUUUGCCAUCCGAAUUGCGUGCCGGAAAGAUCAUCGAACGGCUCGCCGGAGCCUCCGAGUAAGAGCGGCAACAAGGGAAGAGUGGUAAUGAGAGGAAUGAGUGGGGUAUGUGUUGUUCUGGCUUGUGUUCUUGGAUUGUUGAAUUUGAAGAGCAAUAUGAAUCCCAUGUUCAAAGAAGCUUAUGCUGCUAGCGGAGUUCCACCGGGACCAGGAAAGAUGGCAGUUGCGGCAUUGUUUGAAACAACCAUCAAUGCAAAAAGAACAACAAAAAAACCAGCACUGUAUCGUGGACUAGUCGAUGUUAAACAGCACAAGUGGUAUGCUAUUAGUCAAAGCAUAGAUGGGAAUAAAAAUGCAGAGGAAAUACUAGAAAAACUUAAUAUUAAAGGUGAUGUUCAAGAAUUUGAUGUGCAAAUGGCGAGGGUUGAACUUCUCAUAUUACAGGUACAUCUAUUAAAAGUUGGUAUAAAAGACACUAUUAUUUUUUAAAAAAAAAAUUGUCCU